AGGAGUUAACUGCAAGCCACAUUUAGCUCUGUGUUUGCUGUUCUCUCUCUCCUGCACCGUAAGUGGAGGCACGACAACCUUCUUUGCCAGCCCAACUUCAUUAUACAGAAGGUCUGGCCUGUGUUCUGCUGCUACAGCCAUGGCUCCUAAAAAGAACAAAGCGACCAAAAAGAGCAAAGGAGACAUAAAUGAAAUGACCAUCAUGGUUGAGGACAGCCCCAUCAACAAGAUCAAUGGUCUGAACACACUCCUAGAGGGAGGAAAUGGCUUCAACUGUAUUUCAACUGAAGUCACAGAUUCUGCAUAUGCCCCCAACCUCUUGGAAGGUUUGAGCAGCAUGAGGCAUGAGAGCUUCCUCUGUGAUCUUACAGUCACCACCAAGUCCAAGUCAUUUGAUGUUCACAAGGUUGUCAUGGCCUCUUGUAGUGAGUACAUUCGAAACAUCUUGAGGAAGGAUUCGUGUCUGCAGAAGAUUGAGCUUAAUGACCUUUCACCAGUAGGCCUUGCAACAGCGAUUACAUACGCAUACUCUGGAAAGCUUACCUUGUCAUUGUACAGCAUUGGCAGCACUAUAGCUGCAGCCAUGUUGCUGCAGAUCAGCACCUUAGUGAAGAUGUGCAGUGAUUUCCUCAUGCAGGAGCUCAGUGUUGAGAACUGCAUGUAUGUAGCCAAUAUUGCCGAUGCCUACGACCUCAAGGAUACUAAGGAAGCAGCUCAGAAGUUCAUGCGUGAGAACUUUAUUGAGUUUUCUGAGAUGGAGCAGUUCCUGAAGCUUACUUAUGAGCAGAUCAGUGAUUUUCUUUCAGAUGAUUCCCUGCAGCUACCCUCCGAGGUAACAGCCUUCCAGAUUGCAAUGAAAUGGUUGGAUUUUGAUGAGAAGAGGUUGAAAUAUGCAGCAGAUCUUUUAACUCAUAUUCGGUUCGGUACCAUCUCUGCCCAAGACCUGGUCAACCAUGUCCAGAGUGUACCUAGAAUGAUGCAAGACCCCGAGUGUCACCGUCUCCUUGUAGAUGCCAUGAAUUACCACCUGCUGCCAUACCAACAGAAUAUCCUUCAGUCACGAAGAACAAAAGUGCGUGGUGGCCUCAAGGUGAUUGUCACAGUUGGUGGACGUCCAGCCUUAACAGAGAAAUCGCUCAGCAAAGACGUUCUAUUCAGGGAUGCUGACAACGUCUGGAAUAAGCUGACAGAAAUGCCAGCUAAGAGCUUUAAUCAGUGUGUGGCAGUCUUGGAUUGCUUCCUGUAUGUGGCAGGUGGUGAGGACCAGAAUGAUGCAAGAAACCAGGCUAAACAUGCUGUUAGCAACUUCUGCAGAUAUGAUCCUCGCUUCAACAACUGGAUUCAUUUGAACAACAUGAUCCAAAAACGUACCCACUUCAGCAUCAACAUCUAUAAUGGUCUCUUGUUUGCUGUUGGAGGACGAAACUCCGACGGGGUUCAAGCAUCUGUGGAGUGCUACGUGCCUUCCUCCAACCAGUGGCAGAUGAAAGCCCCAAUGGAGGUCCCCCGAUGCUGCCACGCCAGCUCUGUCAUUGAUGGCAAGAUCCUUGUGUCCGGAGGCUACAUCAACAAUGCCUACUCCAGGGCAGUGUGCUGUUAUGAUCCUUCCACUGAUACUUGGCAGGAUAAGAGCAGCCUUAGCACACCUAGAGGCUGGCACUGCACAGCCACCGUGGGAGACCGCGCGUUUGUUAUAGGUGGCAGUCAGUUGGGAGGUCGAGGGGAAAGGGUUGAUGUCCUAGCUGUUGAAUCAUACAAUCCUCAUAAUGGGCAAUGGAGCUACUGCACUCCCCUUCACACAGGAGUCAGCACGGCUGGUGUUUGCAUUUUGAACAGCAAGAUUUAUCUCCUUGGGGGCUGGAAUGAGGGCGAGAAGAAGUACAAGAAAUGCAUUCAGGUUUAUGACCCUGACCUCAAUGAAUGGACUGAGGAUGAUGAAUUGCCAGAGGCUACAGUCGGCAUUUCAUGCUGCGUCGUCACCAUACCCACAAGGAAAACAAGAGAGUCUAGAGCCAGUUCAGUUUCUUCUGCACCUGUCAGUAUAUAAGGUUUUUAAUGAAAGGGUAGUUCAAACAAAGUCUCCAGAUUUUCUGUUGCAGAACUCUUGGUUCACAACUUUAUUAGUUGUCAUUUUUAAGGAGUCUGUUUAUUUGGUCAGCAACUUUAUCAACUGAAUAAUUCUGUAAAAUUAG